AUGAUCACUGUUUAUCUGCUCUCCGUUUGCGGCAUCUUAUACUUGUCAUAUCAGCCUCUCGCGCAGAACUUUCAGAACCGAGGCUGGCUCGACGCCUCCUCCACUCUCUUCCUGGUAGCCGUCGGGCUUGGUGUGAUCAGUGCCACUAUGAUCAUUGUGAUACAUACUCUGACAUGCUACAAGAGGCGGUACGACACUUCCGAAGAAGGAUUAGGCGGAGGAGAUUUAAUCUCUCCUGUCCCCUUCCCUCCUGAAUUGAGACUGCCCCCGCUGGUGCCGAGCCCAGUGGCCAUGCCUCCUACAUUGCUCUGGUGUGGAUGGUCAGGCGAUGUGCAAUGGGCAUCGUGA